CUAUAUCUCUCUCUCCUUCAAUUUCUCUCUCACUGCACACACAUGAAUUUCUCAUAUAUUGCUUGAUCAUCUUCCUAGUUCCAAACAAUAUGAGCAAUAUAAGCAUGGUGGAGGCGAAGUUGCCCCCAGGUUUCAGGUUCCAUCCCAGAGAUGAAGAACUUGUGUGCGAUUACUUGAUGAAGAAAGUCACACACUGUGAUAAUUCCGAUUCCACUCUCAUGAUCGACGUUGACCUUAACAAGUGUGAGCCUUGGGAAAUUCCAGAAGGGGCGUAUGUGGGAGGGAAGGAGUGGUAUUUCUACACGCAGAGAGACAGAAAGUAUGCGACGGGGCAGAGAACAAAUAGAGCGACGGCGUCAGGGUAUUGGAAGGCCACAGGGAAGGACAGAACUGUGGUGAGGAAAGGCAAAGUGGUUGGCAUGAGAAAGACUUUGGUGUUCUAUGAAGGAAGGGCUCCCAAAGGCAAAAAGACUGACUGGGUCAUGCAUGAGUUUCGCCUUCAGCCUCCUCCUCCUCCUCCUCCUCUCUCUCACUCUUUCCCUAAGGAAGACUGGGUGCUGUGUAAAGUAUUCGACAAGAACAGAGAAGAAGAAAAUGGAAAAGCUGGCAUGGGAAGCUGCUAUGACGACGCUGGCUCUUCAUCUCUUCCUGAACUAAUGGAUUCUUACAUCAGUUUUGAUCAGCCUUCUUCUGCAGCUCAUCACCAUCAUCAGCAUGAGCAAGUGCCCUGCUUCUCCAAUGCUUUCCCUCCUCAUCAAACAAACCCUAACCCUAGCAAUAACACCACCAUCUUCAACCACCAUCAUACCAACCUAAUGGGCCCACCAACUGGAUCAGCAGCAGCAGCAGCAGGAAGAUCAUUUUCCCAGCAUGACUCCGAGGUUCUCAAAGCUUUUUUGACACAACUCACCAAGAUGGAAACUCAGGAAGGAUCGCCUACCAGCUUUGAGGCUCAGGCUUCUCAGACUUACUUAUCUCAAGCGCCGUUUCCCAAUUAUUUAUGGAACAGUCGCUAAUUAUGUAUUUCUACCUACUCCUUCUUGCUGUGCCUUUCCAGAGUAAUUGUUAAUCCUCCCUCCUCCAUUUCAACCCAAUAUAAUAGGCGUGUGUGAGGGCAUGGAGGGGAAGAAGAAAAUUUACACACAUCCACAUGUUCCUCAGUAUGUUUAAUUUUCAGAUGUCGAGUGAUAUGUCCCGCUAUAACUAGUAAUUAAUGGGAUGACUGGUGGUUCAUAGACAUAAAUAUCUGUACGUAGAGUUCAUUGUGCUUACAGUCGAUGAAUUUGAUUUUCCACAUAUUCCAAGUGCCAUUUCGAUGAAAUGGUAUAAUAGUAUAGCUGCUUGCUGAAUUCAUUUGCCCUA